UGGAGGUGUGUUACUGAGUAGACAGUGAUGUUUUCUUUGGCAGCAGGUAAAGGAAUAUUGCAAAACCAAACAGGUGAGAGAGCAGAGGAGUGAUGAAUGAAUAAAUACCAAGAAAGGCAGCGGACAGAGAUCCAAGUGUGGACUUCCUGCUAGAAGCCUUCAUUCCUCUGUGUCUCCUGAGUCCUGUGUGCCUACUUUAUCCUCUGUGAAUAGAGGCCAGGUUCUCUCUGUUUCAGACUGUCUGUGCCUGUCCUCUGAAAGCCAUGUGGUUCUACCUGGUUGCUCUAGGGGGCCUGUGGACCCUCCUGCGCUUGAUCAGGGAGAGGCAGGUGGUGAGCCAUCUCCAAGACAAGUAUGUCUUCAUCACAGGCUGUGACUCGGGCUUUGGGAACCUGCUGGCCAGACAGCUGGACAGGAGGGGCAUGAGGGUGCUGGCUGCAUGUCUGACAGAGAAGGGAGCUGAGGAGCUGAGGAACAAUACAUCGGACAGGCUGGAGACAGUGAUCCUUGAUGUCACCAAGACAGAGAGUAUUGUGGCAGCCACUCAGUGGGUGAAGGAGCGUGUUGGGAACAGAGGACUCUGGGGCCUGGUCAACAAUGCUGGCAUCUCCAUCCCUUCGGGUCUCAAUGUGCUCCUGAAGAAAGAGCAUUUUGCAAAGAUCCUGGAUGUGAACCUGUUGGGCGUGAUCGAGGUGACUCUGAGCAUGCUGCCGUUAGUGAGGAAGGCAAAGGGCCGAGUGGUCAAUGUUUCCAGCAUCUUGGGUCGAUUGUGUUUGUUUGGCGGUGGUUAUUGUAUCUCCAAGUAUGGUGUAGAGGCCUUCUCAGACUCCAUCAGGAGGGAGCUCUCCUAUUUUGGAGUGAAGGUGGCUAUUAUAGAGCCUGGCUUCUUCCAGACUGCCAUUUCCAGUGGUGACAGGCAUGUGUCACAAAUCAAGAUGCUGUGGGACCAGGCCAGCUCAGAAGUCAAGGAGAUCUAUGGCGAGAAGUUUUUGUUAGCCUAUGAAAAAACUGUAAAGUUAUUGGACAAACUGUCCACCUCGGACCUCUCCUUGGUGACGAACUGCAUGGAGCAUGCGCUGACUUCCCGUUACCCUCGGACCCGCUACUCAGCUGGUUGGGAUGCCAAGCUUUUCUACAUCCCUGUGAGCUACCUGCCCACCCGUCUUGCAGAUGCCAUCUUAUUCUGGACCUCCAUGAAGCCUGAAAAAGCUCUGUGAAGCCUGCAUCUGUUUCUGUUUUGGGAGAUGGUUCUUCCAAUGGAAGACUGCACAUGUGGAUGGUGAAGGAUAUGUAGUGCAAACAGAACCGGCCUCAGCUCAGAUAUUCUUGAUUCACUAGCCAAAGGUAAUGCUUUAGCUGCUAACCUUACAAAACUAAUUACUUUGCCUCAGGUUGAGCUUGCUCAGAGAUAACAUCAUCAAAAUAGUAUAAGUUGAAGAAAACUAUUUAGAUUAACAAGAGAAGCUGCUCAUAAAUCAUUAAGCAAUGUUAUAGAUGCUCAUAAUAUUUAUCUGUACCUC